GGAAUUUUGCGAAGCGCAACACAAGCAUCCACUGCAUACCAACUACCUCUUUAAUCAAGCCCAUCUCGACCGUCACGACCACCAACACCGCCCGUCGAACGACAUCUUCCCCCAAAUUUAUAAACAACCACUAGUCAAAAUGCCCCCCAAGGUUGUUCGUGUUCAGCCCGCUGGCGGCCGCUCGAGGCCAGCCCAGCCCCGUGGUGUUGUUGGCGCGACAUACGACUUCAUCACCGCGCCCGAGUACGCUUCUGUUGUGCGCAGCGUCGCUGCCUUUGGUGUUGGUGUUGCCUUCUUGGCCAGCUCGUUCGGCGAGUACUUUGACCCGCAAUGGUAAACUCAAUCAACCAUAACGAUUGGAGCGGUUUAAACGCGAGGUGGAGAACAGGGGAGCAAGACGGAGAAGAUAGGGAGUUCGCGCGGUCAACGAAAGCGCUGUACCAUCACCGACAAAACCACACACUACCAUCAACUGUACAAUAUCAUGUAUCCCGGGACGAGGAGAUGGACCUCGGGGAAAAGAUUAUCGACAUAUCUGCAGCAUUGCAAGAAACGACAAUAGACGACCUUAAUCACGCCUGACACCUG